AUGGAACCAUAUUUCAUUCAAUCAACAACGUAUCCAAUCAUCUCGCCUAUACAUCCAAGUCAACUACUACAAGCUCAAUCUAGUUAUCCUAGUGAAGCAAUUUUACAACGACCGCAACAAGCAUAUUCACAUCGAGCAUCUCAGGCUCUUGACCAAGAAAAUUUUUGUGCAGUUUCAAAACCAAUAGCACGAACACCAAUUAUCAAUCCAAUGCAUACAGUACAACCAACAGCACCACCAGUAAGUCCACAAUCAGCCAGUGAAUACAAUUAUGCUCCAACGAACAAUUACCAUACACCAGCAUCUUCUCGUCGAGUUGCUCGAUUAAAAAGAAACACACUAUUUGUAGUUAAAUUAACACCAACUGUUGUACACAAUUCGAAUUUUAAUGCUUCGAACGAUGCUGAAGUUUUACAGGAAGCCAUAAAAGGCUAUGGAGCAGACAAGAAUGCAAUUAUUUCAAUAUUGAGUAAUCGCAAUAACCAACAAAGACAAAAAAUUGCAAAGUGUUAUAAAAUACUACAUGGAAGAGAUUUAAUAAAGCAACUUCAGUAUAAAGUAUCUGGUAAAUGUAAGGAUUUGAUUGCUGCAAUGAUGACACCAAUUGUUGAUUAUUAUGUCAAAGAAAUUCAUGACAGCAUUUCGGUAAUUAGUACAGAUAAAGACGUACUUAUUAUUAUUAUUCUUUGCACAUUGAGUAAUCAAAAUAUCCACCAAAUAUGUGCCAGCUAUAAAAACAAAUAUGGCAAAUCGUUGGAAAGUGAUAUACGUAGUAAUACAUCAGGCCACUUUGAGAGAUUAUUAGUAUCAUUGUGUAAUGGUCAACGUGAUCAAAGUACACAAACUAAUAAAAAAUCCGCAAAAUCUGAUGCAAAAAAACUUCACAGUGCUAGUACUUGUCACUUGGGAACAAAUGAGUUCAACAAAUAUGGAAAAACUCUUGGAAAAAGCAUUUCAAAACGAGAAGGACCACCACCAAGUCAAAAUCCAUCGGGCAUGCCAUGUCCAUUUGGUAAUCAAUCGAUGGAAGAUAUGUCAAUGCCGAUGCCAACUCAAGCAACACCGUAUCCAAAUCAGCCAGAGGUAUAUCCAUAUAUAACAACACCAUAUCCAGCUCCUGACCAGGAACAUUGUAGUGCUAUUCGAAAAGCAAUGGCACAAACACCACCAAUCAGUCCAAAGCCAACUGAUUACUAUGUCAAAGAAAUCCAUGACAGCAUUUCGGGAGUUGGUACAGAUAAAGAUGUACUUAUUAUCACUCUUUGCACAUUGAGGAAUCAGGAAAUCCACCAAAUAUGUGCCAAUUAUAAAAACAAUUAUGGCAAUUCAUUGAAGAAGGAUAUACGUAGUAAUACAUCAGGCCAUUUGAAGACAUUAUUGGUUUUACUGUGUAAUGGUCAACGUGAUGAAAGUAAACAAACUAACAAAAAAACUGCAAAAUCUGAUGCAACAAGACUUCACAGUGCUAGUACUUGUCACUUGGGAACGAAUGAGUUUGAAUUCAGUUUUAUUUUUGCUCAACGAAAUGUACACCAAUUGAGAUUAAUUUUUCAAGAAUACUCCAAACUAUACGAACAUGAUAUAUCAACUACGAUUUGUCGUGAAUUUUCUGGGUAUACCGAAAAGGCCCUUAUUACAAUUGUGAAAUGGGUCGAAAAUAGUGGAUACGAAAACGGACAAGGACCACAACGACCACCAGCAGGUCAUAAUCCAUCAGGCAUCCCAUGUUCAUUUGAUAAUCAAUCAAUUGGAGGUAUGCCGAUGCCAAUGCCAACUCAAGCAACACCGUAUCCAAACAACUUACUUAAACAUCCAAGUCAACCACUACAAGCUCAAUCGAGUGAUCCUAGUGAAGCAAUUUCACAACCAUCAAAACAAGCAUAUCCACCUUCAGCAUCUUCUUGUCAAGAUGAUCAAUUAGCAACAAACACACAAUUUGUUGGCAAAUUAACACCAACUGUUUUACAUAACCCAAGUUUCAAUGCUCCUGAUGAUGCCGAAGCUUUACGAAGAGCAAUGAAUGGCUUUGAAACAGACAAGUAUGCCAUUAUUUCAAUGUUGAGUAAUCGCAAUAACCAACACAGACAAAAUAUUGUAAAUAGACUUGAAACACUACAUGGAAGAGAUAUCAUAAAAGAACUAAAGUCUAAGCUGAGCGAUAGAUUCAAGGAUUUAAUUGUUGCGAUGAUGACACCAAUUAUUGAUUAUUAUGUCAAAGAAAUUCAUGACAGCAUUUCGGGAAUUAGUUCAGAUAAAGACGUACUUAUUAUUAUUCUUUGCACAUUGAGUAAUCACGAUAUUCACCAAAUACGUGCCAGCUAUGAAAACAAAUAUGGCAAAUCGUUGGAGAGUGAUAUACGUAGUAAUACAUCAGGCCACUUUGAGAGAUUAUUGGUAUCAUUGUGUAAUGGUCAACGUGAUCAAAGUACACAAACUAAUAAAAAAUCUGCAAAAUCUGAUGCAAAAAAACUUCACAGUGCUAGUACUUGUCACUUGGGAACAAAUGAGUUUGAAUUCAACUUUAUUUUCGCUCAAAGAAAUGUACACCAAUUAAGAUUAAUUUUUCAAGAAUACUCAAAACUUUAUGGCCAUGAUAUAUCAACUACAAUUAGUCGUGAAUUUUCUGGAAAUGCCGAAGAGGCCCUUCUUACAAUUGUGGAAUGUGUAAAAAAUAGUGCUUUGUAUUUUGCUGAGCAAUUAAAUGACUCGAUGGCUGAAAUAGAAACAAAAGAUCAGAAAUUAAUUUUUAUAUGUGUUACACGUUCCGAAGUUGACAUGGGAGAUAUUAAAGAAGCCUUUUAUCAAAAAUAUGGAAAAACUCUUGAAAAACGCAUUUUAGAGAAUAUAUCCGGUGACUUUAAAAAAUGUCUCAUUGAGCUCAUCAACUUGAACUCUGAAAGUGAUUAUCUAAUUUACUUUUUGUUGGCAUUAUUCCUUAUAGCCGUAAUUGCCAUGAUGAUUUUACAUUAUCAUAUAUGCGUACUCAAGUAAAAUUGACUUAUCUGCAAAAAGAAAUAAAAAA